AGUUUAAGUACUAAAUGUUCAUUUAUAUAAUAUUAAUCGAUAACUUUAAAAUUAUUACUUGGCUGUAAGGCGCAUGCCCACUAGUAAAAAUGGAACCUGUAUUACCGACAAAUACUAACGUUCCGUCAGAACUUAAGACAGGCAAAAAUUUAUACGGGAUAAUGAGUGGAAUAACCAUUGAAAAAACUAAAUACGAGUGUUCCUCGUUACCUAAGCGAUGGCAGCAUCAGGAUCGCAACGCCGAUGUCCUCAAGAAGACAGGAAUUCAGGUGGGAAAAGUGGAUGUUAUGUACUACAGUCGAGGAGUCAGAAAUGAUGCUUCUCUAGUCCCACCGAUCAGACAAACAGCCUCAAUUUUCAAGCAACCAGUCACAGUGUACAAGACUCAAGAGAGUAAAGUUAAAGCAGACUUUAAGCAUGGAGUGCAAGAGAAACCAAAACAAUUGAUGUGGGAGAAAAGACUGGAAGGAUUACGUGCUUGUGAUAUGGAUGGAGUGGAAUUUGAGGGAAUGGAACUGCCGAAAGGUUUGAAACCUGUUGGCCCGAAUGUCACUGAUGAGACUAUUAUACAAAGUGUUGCGACUGCUCUGCAUGUUUCUGCUCAACCUGUGACUGGUCAAACUGGAUCUAAAAACGCUCUCGAGAAGAAUCCUGGAGUGUUCUUGGAUCCAAAGCAGCCUUUGGUGCAGGCUGUUAAUAUAGCUGAUGAUGAUAUCAAACGGCAAGAGGAGAGAGUUGCCAAUGCAAGAAGGAAGCUGCAAGAUGCUUUGAAGAUGUGAUUUAAUUUUUAAGUUCUAUACAUAUAUAUAUAUGGAAGAGUAUUAUUUAUUAGUUUGUUAGAAU